CUUAUGAUAAUAAAUAAAUAAAUAUAUAUAAAUUCCGAUGACUACUAUUACCGUUCUUCUACUACUCCCCUUUCUCUCGUUGCAAUGGCUUCUCAUUUCUCGUUCCCCAACUAGUACUACUCAUCAUGAGAUUCCCAAGCAUUAUGUGAUAUAUAUGGGAGCACCAAAACCAUCAUCAAAUAAUGGAAACGAAGCUGCAGAUGCUAAAGCUGAUGAUCAAUUAGCUCAUUUGCAGUUACUCUCCUCCGUCAUUCCAAGCGAAGAGAAGGAAAGGAUAUCUCUAAUCCACCAUUACCACCAUGCUAUUAGAGGAUUUUCUGCCAUGCUUACCGAUAAUGAAGCUUCUCUUUUAUCUGGUCAUAGUGACGUAGUAUCGGUCAUUGAGGAGGAAAUACUUGAACUACAAACAACACGUUCUUGGGAUUUCAUAGAAGCAGGAAUGCAAUCAAAGUGGGGUUUGGACAAACCUGUCACGAGUAACAUGAUUAUUGGGGUAUUCGACUCAGGGAUAUGGCCGGAAUCUGUAAGUUUUAGUGACAAAGGAUUUGGACCGAUUCCUUCAAAAUGGAAGGGAUCUUGUCAGACAGCAUCAGACUUCAAGACAAGCAAUUGUAAUAGGAAGUUGAUUGGUGCAAGAUACUACCUCCCACUAAAGGCGAAAAAGGAAUGGACACCAAGGGACUUAACAGGGCACGGGACACAUGUGGCCUCCAUCGCAGCGGGCUCAGUAGUUCCCGGUGCUUCCUCUAUGGGUUUGGGCAGUGGAAUAGCCAGAGGUGGCGCACCGUCGGCCAGAAUUGCCAGUUAUAAGGUGUGUUGGAGUGAUGGUUGUCCUACAGCAGAUAUGUUGAAGGCCAUGGAUGAUGCACUCAGUGAUGGAGUUGACAUAAUCUCUAUGUCCAUUGGCAAGAAAGGAAGAUCAUCAUCCAUAGACUACUUGAAGGACCCAAUAGCCAUUGGUGCUUUCCAUGCUGAGCAAAAGGGUAUCUUGGUGGUUCUCGCCGCCGGUAACAGUGGCCCUACUCCUUACACACUUAGCAACACUGCACCAUGGAUGUUUACUGUGGCAGCUUCUAGUAUUGAUAGAAAUUUCAAGUCCAUGGUUCAUCUUGGAAAUGGGAAAUUUCUCAAUGCAAUUGGCAUUAAUCUUUCAAAUCUUUCACGGUCACCUAUAUAUCCACUUAUAAUUGGAAAGGACGCGGCUAUUAGUUCUGCAGUUGUAUCAACGGCAGAAAACUGCUACAAUGGAUCUUUGGACAUUAAGAAAGUAACAGGAAAACUUGUCGUUUGUGUUGAUGGUGGGGACGUUGAACGUUUAGACGUUAUACCUUUAAAGGAGGCCAAAGGAAUAAUUAUGAUUAUGGAAGAUGAAAAAAUUUCACCCUUUCCUACGAACACUUAUCCAUGGGCACAAGUUGGCAAAAUUGCAGAAUCUGACAUUCUUAGGAACUACAUUCGCUCUACUGUGACGCCAACAGCAACAGUUCUUCCAACUGUUGAAACUCCAAAACUCUAUAAACCUGCACCAGUGGUGGCCAGUUUUUCAUCGAGAGGCCCUGCAUUGCUCACAGAAAACAUUCUAAAGCCGGACAUAAUGGCACCCGGAGAAGCGAUUUUAGCUGCAGAUAAGAACAACACGCAGUUUAGGUUUGAGUCUGGAACCUCUAUGGCUUGUCCACAUGUAUCUGGCGCUGCUGUUUUCAUCAAGUCAAUUGAACCUACGUGGACUCCUUCUAUGAUCAAAUCAGCACUUAUGACUACAGCAUCUGCAUACGACAACACAGGGAAACCAUUAACAAACACCUCAAAAGAAAUGGCAAAUGCACAUGAGGCUGGAGCUGGAGAACUAAACCAUAUGAAAGCUCUAGACCCAGGGCUAGUCUUUGAAACAACCACACAAGACUAUUUCAAUUUCCUUUGUUACUACGGCUAUCCAGAGGCGAAGAUAACAUCCAUAAUCAAGGGCACAAGUUUCAAGUGCCCCAAGAUCUCAAACAAGGAACUCAUCACAGACAUUAAUUACCCUUCCAUCUCUAUUGGCAAUCUACCACAAUCAGCUCCCAGAGUCGUCAAAAGGACUUUGACCAAUGUCGGACCCUCCAGCUCUACAUACACUGCUCGAGUUGAUUCCCCGAGAGGCUUAGUUGUGAAGGUUAAUCCAGAUAGGAUUGUGUUCACCAACGCCUUGAAGAAGGCUCCUUUCGAGGUGUCAUUUGAUGGAAAGGGGGCUGCUAGAGGGUAUAAUUUUGGACAUAUUACUUGGUCUGAUGGUGUUCACUCUGUUCGGGUUGUGUAUGCUGUCAAAGUAGUAUAAUUCUACUUUAUUUGGAAACAUAUAAAGUAAUCUAAUAAGUGUGUCAACAAUAAAUGCAUGCAUGUCAUGUCAUGCAUGCAUAUGUUUCUUCAUCAUUUGGCAAAGGUACGUUAUAUAUCACCGGUUGGUUAUGGAAUAAUUCUAUUGGAAUUUUGUAGCUCUCAAUCGUCUACUAAGUUUGAAUUCCUAGUGUAAAUGGAGUAAUAAUGGUGAUACAUACUUUGUAAUAUGAAUAAAUAGAGUUUUUUAUUUUGAAUA